GUUUUAUUUAAACCGAACACAGGUACUUGGAGUCGCACGUGAGUUUGUUUUGAGUUUUUGUUCAGUUAUAUUUUGUUUAAAUUAUUUCUGGUAGGAAGUAUACUAAGCGGCUGAUAAAAUGUCAAUUGAAGAAGAAAUACUCAAACGGCUUAAUUCUCCUGACCGGGACUUUUCUGGUAACUUGCUAUAUGGGAUAAAACUAUGGAAAUCCAAUAGCUUUUAUUAUAUGUCCAAGUAUGAAGUUGUGUUCGAAUUUUUUCUCGCUGGAAUUGAGCAAUUUAUACAGAAGAUAUCGACAACUGAACAAAAUAGUUUUGAAAGCAGCCUCGAACUAGUUAACGAAUUUUUGGCUCUGCCGUGCCCGUCUAACGCUCUAUCGCCAAGGAUAAUUCCUAAACUUCACGCUGUAUUUAUCAAAUUAGCAACAGGCAAUCUGUUCUCUUCGAAAAAAUUGCUGGAAAGCUAUCUAACAAUAGCGUUUGAUGUAAAAUAUAAAAUCUUCUACAAAUUCGACUACCUCAGCUAUGGUAAAGCGUUAAAGACAACUUUGGAAUAUUAUCGGCAGUACCUUGAAACAACGUUUCACAAAGAAGAGGAAGAAGUGGUGUUUCGGAAAAUUGUAGAUGACAUUCUUAUAUACGUGAAAUCCGCAGGAAAUGACGAGAGUUGGCAUACUGCAUUUACGUUGGCGUUGCCUAGCCUCUGCGAUGUUAUCCUGCAGUUGAAGUAUCAUGGAUUAGAUCACCAGGAAGAUUUGCUGGGAUUGCUAAAACAGAUUUAUUUUCAAGAUAAACAAGCAUCAAAGUACAACAGAGUAACCGAUCCAUCGAAAAGACAUCUGUUGAUGGGUUAUUUUGAAACCGCUCAACUGCCAUUACACGUCGUUGCACUUCUUAUAGAAGGCUAUUUAAGAGCAUACCGUGAAACAAAAAUAGAAAUUCUCUUGUUUCUUAAGUACAUUCUCCUGUAUGUGUUUGCAGAUCCAGAGAAAUCGAUUCUAUCCGAUAUGAAUCAGAUAUUUCAACUAACAAAAUAUGUGUUCCAUUUACUGAAAAAAUAUUUCAUUAAAAUCGAUCAAAAACUCGUGGAAGAUUUUGAUUUUACUGGCAUUUUUACACAUAAACUAAAGGAAUUUCUGGAGAGGUGCGCCAGCUCAGAGCCUUGUCUUCAAGAUUUGUUCUGGCUUAUUUCCACUAUAAAUGAUUACAACCCUCUGAUCUUGGAAGCUAACAUGAUUGAUAUAAUUCUGCGAACGAUGUUCAUCCACAAAGGGCCAGAGACGAUGGAGAGUUUUCAAGCUAUGAUCAUAUCAACUAUCCAAGCUUUCGAAAAGCUAAACAGAAGUGAAAAGUUUCGUGAAGAACUGUUCCUGAAACUUGGUGACUAUUUGGAUGAUCAUGAUUUAGAAGAUAAGAUAAAACUGUUGAGGAAGCAAACGAAGAAGAGAAAGUCCGUUCUGGUGGAUAAUUUGUCGGGUAAACGAAGACGAACGGAGAACGAUCAAGAAACUGUUGAAUCAUCGAAAUCUGAAUUUCAACAUGAACGAUAUUUUACUAUACUGUUUCCUGUAAAACAUGACAGUGCAACCAAGAAUGUUCAUUUUCAUUUGUCAAACCAAUGGAAGUCACUUUCUUAUGCUUGGCCUGAUUUAAACGGUCAACUGAGUCAUACAAUGCUUGAAUACAUAAAAAAAUUAUUAACAAAACGUAGUUUCGAAUACUGGCGCGAGAUGCACGACUAUUUAACUGAAUUAUUAGACAAUCUUGAAAGAGAAGAUCAUACAGAAACAGAACUAUUUAAGCUAGAGUUUGCCGUAUGUUGGAUGUGUUAUUUUUUCGCUGGUAAUACUCUUGUCGAACAGACAAAUUUGUUCUGGGAUAAGCUAGAUCAUCAUUUGCAAGAGUUCAACGAGCUGAUGAAUCGCUUUGGGAGACUUCUCAUCGAAGAAACUACUCAAGAUUCUCGAAUCUUUGGAUCCUUUUUGCAACUUGCUUAUUUCUACGGUAACUAUCGGCUUGUUGUCCACUAUUAUCGACCAGAUUCAAUCGAAUCGAGUGAUCAGCACCUUGUUCAACAUUUUCUAUCUUCUGAUGAGUGGCAUAAGCUGGAAGCUCGGAUUCCAGCAAGUGAACAAUCCUUGCUGAAUCGGAUUCGAGUGCAGAAAAUUCGUGUUGCACAGUUAGCGGACUCGGAUGACAAAUUAUGUGAGGAAUUAAUCCAACAUAUUCUAGCGCCUUCCGAGUUUAACCAACUUAGUUGGCUACUACAAGACCGUUCUACCAUUGUAUGGUUUUUGAAGCAAGUUAAUUUAACUCAAAAAAAAUUCAUUAUGGAGAUGCUUCUCGCUAAUAACUGCCUAGAGGAAAUUAAGUUUAUUGUAGAUCAAAUGGGAGAUGAUUACGUUAUGAUGGAGGUGCUUAUACUUUCCAUUUACCAGCAGAUAAAAAACCACAUUCUUGCAGAAUGUAAACAUUCCGUGGCCAGAAAAUUAUCGUUUGAUACAAUUUAUGAGUUUGAUGAGCAGCAAAUAAUGACCAGUAUGCAAAAAAUACUGAAAAAGAAAUCGGAAAAACUAUCGGGUUCUGUGGAAAUUCUCGAAAUCAACCAGCUAAUAAAUUUGUUCAGAAUCUUGGAUCAAAUACGAUUAGAUGAAAUGCCUAUGAAUCGAAAAACUGUGAUCGUUGGUAUUAACGUGUUACUUUUCGCUGAUACCAUAUGUUGUGGCUGUGAGGAAUUGGUCGAUCUUCAUAGAAAUGUUAUAAACAAACAACUAGUUUACGGAAUGGUUCCAAAUCUUGUAAAAUUCUUUGAUUUCGAAUUGCUCCUCGCUAUUUUUGGACACUCUUCAUCACUUAUAUCAACCCUGUUGCGCCAAACCGCUAUUUUUCUCAGUCAAGAAACAUUUGAAUGUUUCGAACGCAUGCUUGAGCGCUUUUCGCAGCAGCCAGGGGAAUACUUCGAUUUGGUACUGCUUAUUUUCAAUUGCAUCCAAAAGACUAAUGUUAAUCGAGGAAAAAACAUUCCGGUUGACGACCUGAAACAACUAUUGUCGAAUUACGCCUGUGCUAUUGAGCGUCAUUUGUGUGUGCAAAAGAUCAAAAAACUUAGAAAAGAAAACUACGAAGCAUUCAUAAAUUGUCUUAAUGGAUGCUCGUCACUAGUUCGUUACAAAGGUAACAACAAAAUAGCGCUGACCGAUGAGCUACGGGAGAAGUUUAUUUCCUAUUUAAUGCAGGCAAUCAAAAUGGACAGUCCGUCCUCAGAUAUCCUACUCACGAGUGCUCUACAGUAUAAAGACUGUCUCAAGCUAGAGGUAGAGCAAAUUAAACAAAUCGUCGACGAACGAUGGUGCAGGUUGUUACGACAACUACGGAUUAAGGCUACGGAAGACCAGACCAACCAGAAUGAUGUAACAGAUGCAAAUUUACAAGCACAACACAUUAAAACCUUUUGCUGCUUCCUAAUGCAAAACGAGACGGCUGCUGAUUUCACUACACGAUUGCAUCAAUUAGAACAGGAAACCUCGGUGAACGGAGAUUAUGAUGGCAUAGCAUAUGCAGUUCGAGUUUAUACGAUUCUGUCUAGAAACGCUUCGACCGAAAUCUCUCAAGUCGUGAAAAAAGUAUUGAUGAGAUCAUUCGGAGUUGUGUUGGCUAGUGAGAUUUUACCUCUUUGUGUAGCAAAAAAGAUGCUAGGUAAUUUAAGCCACCUAGAGGAAAUUCUAGUUUGCUUUUCCGCGGUAGUUGGUAAUCCUAAUUUAACGCUUGUUCCAUCAUCUUUGGAUAAUAUAGUGGAAUUCCUAGCUAGCACAAACAUUCAAAAAUACACUGUGACCGAUGGCAAUGAAAAAUGUUUUUAUCAACUACAUCGUUUUAUAAGUGAUGUGUUGUAUCUGCUGAUAAUAACAAGGCCAAAUUAUGUUGUGAAUCGUUUGCCGCAAUAUUUUUAUGUUUACAAUCAACUAAUGGCAUCCGUUAUCCACUAUAAAGAGGACCGACCGGUUAAUUUAAUAUUGAACAGUUUUGAAAUACUAACGCUCUCGGAUCUGCUUCUCCCACUUGAAAAAAUCAUGUCAUUAAUUGGCGAGAAGAUCGAGAAGGACACCCGUAUUUUGGCACCAUAUAUCCUGAUGCAAAUCAUAAGUUUUAUUCUCCACAGUAAACGUUCUACAACUCUGCAUGAAAGAAUUGCAAGAAGUGUGCACAAUGUUUGUUACGGACUCAUUGCGCUGUAUGAUAAGCAUUCUCCCGGAUAUAUUUUGCGCUCAAGUGAUGAGGCAUCUAGAAGUAUAUACACGGACAUAGAAAAAGGAUACCAGAGAUACAGGUCCUUCAAGGGAAGAAUCUAGAAAUAGUAAGUAACAUUUGCCACAGUAAACAAAACUGGAUGUAUAAUUGAAUGGAUGUUAAAGUCUUUCGUUGAAAGAAAUUCCGUUUUAGUUUUGACUAUUAAAACGAGACUACUCGUAGAGUGGGAUGGUGAUGAUUUUUAAAUUACCAAUUCCAUUUACUAUUGCUAUGGACAGUUAUUCUUUGGUCUGGUACAACUUUUUUAAAUUCUUGUUGCGUGAUGUUUAUUCCAAUCCUUUUACUCUUAAUUUCAAAUACAUUUAUUAGUCAAGCAAUCAUUUGUUUUCUUAAUCGUAUAGUGCUAUAAGUUCUAAUAGAUAAACAGGAAUUAUCAAACAAAAAAAAAAACAUUUGAUCUAUUUGCAAAAAAGUCAACAGAAAGUUAUCGUUUAGAAUAUGUGCGUCUUCAAACAUCAAUCUACAGCUGUUCAAGAAAAAGGUUAAAAUUUCUGACU